AUGGAGCUUGGAGAUGGAGUUUCCCUCUCGUGCAUCGACGACCACCACAAGAGCCACCACCAUCGACAUUUUCCGGGCACUAUCGUUAGAAUCGUGUUACUUUUCUUAGUGAUCGGCCUCACGUGCCUCGUCUUGAAUCAAACGGACUAUAGCGCUCGACUAGCUCACACAUCUUAUUCAAUGUCAGGUAAUGAUCAUGACAAUAACUUGGAGACCAUAUUGAAAAGGGCAUCCAUGGAGGAUCACAAAAAGGUAAUAAUAACAACUAUGAACGGUGCAUGGACCGACACGAACACGGUUUUCGAUUUGUUUCUCGAGAGCUUUAGAAUUGGUUUCGGGACACGGAGGCUCUUGAAGCAUUUGGUGGUCGUAGCCUUUGAUCGGAAGGCGUACGCUCGUUGCAAGCAAGUGCAUCGUAAUUGUUUUGCCCUGACGACCGAAGGCGUCGACUUUUCCGACCAGGCGUUUUUCAUGAGCGGGAGCUAUUUGAAGAUGAUAUGGAGGCGCAUCGAUUUUCUGCGGUCGGUUCUUGAGAUGGAAUACGACUUUGUAUUCACGGAUGCCGAUAUAAUGUGGCUAAGGGAUCCAUUUCCCAGUUUCAACCCGGACGCCGAUUUCCAAAUAGCGUGCGAUAUCUACAAAGGAAACUCGACUGACUUAUGCAACUACCCAAACAGAGGGUUUACGUACUUCUACCCGUACGUCAUGCGGGUCGGACUCCGGAUCAAGUUCUUGGGCACGGAAUUUUUCGGCGGGUUUUGUGAGCCGAGCAAGGAUCUUGAUCAGGUGGUCACCAUGCAUGCCAAUUGUUGCAUAGGGCUCAAGAACAAGCUCCACGACAUGAAAAUGGUGGUCGAUGAUUGGAAAAGAUAUUCGGCUAGUGUCGAAAAAGUCGUGAUGAUCGGAGGAAUGGUAGUCGGGUGGGGACGUGGACUGAGCCGAGGAGGUGUGGCCGGAACAAAUAUCCGGCCAUUGAGUGAUGACCAUGAGUUAUUGAGAUGUGGUCAAAAUCUUCACAAGCAUUUGAUUAGACAAAUGCGACCAAAAUCAAGAAAAGGUAUGGAUUCUUAUCAUAAACAUGAGGUUAACUCCACCACGUGCGGCGGCAACCACCGCCACCACCACCACCACGGCCGCUAUAUCUUCCGAUCUGCCGUUAAGAUGACAUCAUUGGUAAUUUUUGCCGGCCUCAUAUACUUCGUCUUAAACGAGUCCAACUAUCAUGUUCGGCUCGUGGCUAAACCUUAUUCGAAUUCUUCGUUUUCAUCUCAUGUUAAUGAUAGUGAGAAUAGCCUUGAGAGCAUAUUGAGAAGGGCAUCUAUGGAGGACAACAAAACAGUGAUAAUAACAACCCUAAAUGCAGCUUGGAUCGAGCCGAAUUUCAUAUUCGAUUUGUUCUUGGAGAGCUUUGAAAUAGGGAACCGAACACAAAAUCUUUUGAAACACUUGGUGGUCGUGGCUUUGGACCAAAAGGCCUUCUCGCGUUGCGUAUCUCUUCAUCCUCACUGUUUCGCACUGAAAACCAAAGACAAUGUGGACUUCUCGGGCACAGCAUAUUUCAUGAGCGACGACUAUUUGAAGAUGAUGUGGAUUAGGAUCGAUUUUCUACGUUCGGUUCUUGAGAUGGGAUACGACUUCGUAUUUUCGGAUGCUGAUAUUAUGUGGUUAAGGAACCCAUUCCCAAGAUUCGACCCAAACGGUGACUUCCAAAUAGCAUGUGAUAUCUACCGGCACAACUCGACCAACAUGCACAACUUUCCGAACGGAGGUUUCACGUACGUGAAGUCGAACAAACGCACGAUCAAGUUCUACAAAUUCUGGCACACAGCAAAGGACUAUUUUCCGGGAAAGCACGACCAAGACGUAUUCAACGAGAUCAAGUUCAACCCGUUUUUGUCGCGGGUCGGGCUUCGGGUCCGGUUCUUGGACACGGCCUAUUUCGGGGGUUUCUGUGAACCGAGCAAGGAUCUCGAUUUGGUGGUCACGAUGCACGCGAAUUGUUGUACCGGGAUUUAUAAUAAAAUACACGACAUUAGGAUGGUGCUUGAUGACUGGAGAAAUUACACGGCUUUGGCUGCCGGAAAAGGAAAGAAUUCGAUCCGGAAAGUGACGUGGACAGAACCGAGGAGGUGUGGUUUGGGCAACUUGAUUAAGCACCACGAGAAAGUGAGAAAAGAUUAG